AUGGCCACCCACGUCACCCCUUCCAAGCAGGCAGCUACCUCUCUUGAGAACCUGAAGAUGAGCGAUUCUCCCAUUAAGAAACUUGACUUCGAAUCUGUCGGCAAGGAGAACACGCCCGCGUCUUUCAAGCCCGUCGACGCCCCCAUGGAGAAGCCCACCGAGAAGGCCCUCGAGGCCCCCAAAGUCGCCGCCGGCAUCAAGGAAGCCGAGGCCAAUGAGCCCCCUCCUCCAGGAGAACCCUCAUCGUUUUGUGCUCUUCCCUAUUAA